AUGGCGAUCACAGAAAUAGGGAAAGUGUUCGUGUUUAAAAUGGCAAUAACACUUUGUAAUCUCAUUCUAAUACAUUGCAGAAUUUUAGAAGUCAAUCUCGGAGGCACUUGGAUUAUUUCAAAUGCAAAUAACAGCAUUUCUGUGCCCGGAACUGUUCCUGGAAAUGUUCACACAGCUUUGUACAGGAAUGGAAAUAUUUCGGAUCCGUACUUCCGGUUUAAUGAUUUCAAGUAUCGCUGGAUAGCGUAUGACAAUUGGGUGUACACAAGGACCUUGGAAGUUUCUGAAGAUGUCAUAUCAAAAGGAAACAUUUUGUUGGUUUUUGAGGGCCUGGAUACAGUUGCUACAGUUCUGGUGAAUAAUGUUGAAGUUGGCCACUCAACAAACAUGUUUCACAGAUACAUCUUUAGUGUUAAGGGGGUGCUAAAAACUGGAAUGAACAAGAUUGAGGUGCGCUUCACUUCUGCAGUGCUCUAUGCCAAAGAGCAGGCUAAAAAGUUUCCAUAUCGUGUACCCCCUGAAUGUCCAGUCCCAGUUCAGCGUGGUGAGUGCCAUGGAAAUUUCAUCAGAAAAGAACAAUGUUCAUUUAGUUGGGACUGGGGACCAGCCUUUGUUCCUCAAGGGAUUUGGCGAAAUGUUUCUCUGCAAGCCUACAACUCAGCUGUUAUAAGGGACAUCACAGUAACACCUACAAAAGGUUCAGCUAACAUCACAUGGCAGUUAUCUGUGGCACUUUUUGUAGAUUCAGCUGAAGAUGGUGUGACAGGUACAAUAGUGCUCAGUCUUCCUCAGCUGUCACGCUCUCAGAAGCUUGUCAUCAAACUGUCACAAGGUAUCCAAAAAAUUUCUUUCCCAGAGAUGUUGUUUACAGAAAAAGAUAACAUUAGGCCAUGGUGGCCUCAAGGAUAUGGAAAACCAAAUCUGUACACAGUUAAGGUUGUGUUUUUGAGCUCAUCUUGUGAUGAACAGUCAAGCAUCAAUCGUAACAUUGGUUUCAGGACAGUGAAACUUAGACAGGAACGAAUUGAGUGUGCUCCAGGACGGGGAUUUCACUUUGAGAUCAACGAUUUGCCAAUAUUUCUGAAGGGAGCUAACUGGAUUCCUGCAGAUGCCUUUGAGGACCGUGUGACGAGUUCAGACCUUUGGAAUCUUCUCAAGUCAGCAGCUGAUGCAAACAUGAAUGUGGUGAGAAACUGGGGAGGAGGAAUCUAUCAACAUGAUGAAUUUUACGACAUAGCGGACGAGUUAGGAUUACUUGUUUGGGAAGAAUUCAUGUUUGCCUGUGCCAUGUACCCGGUUGAUGUAGAAUUCUUGAACUCAGUCAAGGAAGAAGUACAAUAUCAGGUACGUCGGCUUCAUCAUCAUCCGUCCAUCAUACUGUGGAGUGGUAACAAUGAAAAUGAAGAAGCUCUGGCGACCAACUGGUAUAACACCAGUUCUUCGUUCGCAAGAUACUACAAGGAUUAUAAGAAGUUGUAUAUAGAUACUAUCAUGAAGACGCUCGAAAAUGAAGACAAGAGCCGACCAUUUCUCUCAUCGUCUCCUUCGAAUGGAGUAGAUACUGAGAAAGAAGGAUGGGUGGCAAAAAAUCCAAAUAGCUCCUAUUGGGGAGAUGCGCACUUCUACAACUAUGCGAUGGACUGUUGGAAUGUCAGCGACUACCCCAAGCCUCGUUUUGCGUCUGAGUAUGGUUUCCAGUCCUACCCGUCUUUUGAGACCCUAGCGCAGGUGUCAGUAGAAAAGGACUGGACCUACAAUAGCGCAUUCAUGGAUCACAGGCAACAUCAUGCAGACGGUAAUCAGCAGAUGUUAGGCCAAGCUAAGAAGCAUUAUAAACUUCCCAACUCAAAGGAGCCUUUGAAAAAAUUUAUGGACACUCUCUUUAUUAUCCAGGUAACUCAAGCUCAGUGCAUGAAGACAGAGACUGAACAUUACAGACGUUUACAGAGUGAAUUAAUAAAGGGUGAAGGAAGAACAAUGGGCACAAUAUAUUGGCAGUUGAACAGUAUUUGGCAGGCUCCCACUUGGUCUUCUUUAGAAUAUGGAGGACGUUGGAAGAUGCUACAUUACUUUGUGAAGGAUUUUUUUGCGCCUGUAAUCGCGUCACCAUACCAGGAGGGCGGCAAGUUUAGGCUCUGGGUAGUAUCAGAUCUUGUUAAGCCAAUCUCGCGGGGUGCUGUGUCUCUCAAGGCGUGGUCAUGGUCUUCCUUCACACCACUGUACAGCAAAAAAGUCUCAUUUAACAUUAAACGACAAACUUCGAAACAGGUUUACGAAGAUGAAGUAGAAACACUCUUACAGUCAAGCAAAUGUAAAAGUGCUCGGCAUUGUGUCUUUACUGUGAAACCUGUAGACGCGAGCACAGGCCAGGACCUGGGACCGACGAACGUGUUUUAUCCGACGAGUUUGUCAGAAGUAGAGGGUAUUAGUGAUCCAAAGUUGAAGAUUGUAAAAGUUGCUCGCAUGCCCCAAAAAGGAGAGUUCAGCGUUUAUAUUGAGGCCCAGUCUCCCGCUUGUUAUGUGUGGCUUGUAGCCAAAGAUGUCCGUGGCCGCUUUUCAGAUAACGGUUUUCUCCUGAUCGAACCUUCGAAGACGGUGAUAUUCUACAGUUGGCAAGACACCACUGAAGAUGAAUUAGAGAAGAAUCUUUACAUAAAGUCUCUUUAUGAUUUAUAUGCCUAGUUAAUUUAGUUAUUCAAUAAUGACAUCCCUGGGAUAGAUUUUGUUAAUUAUAAGAGAUAUAGUAAGAAGAUGAAUUCUCGACUUGUCGUCCUUUGCGACAAUUAAAUUUUGUAAUUUUCAAUUCAAGCGAAAAGUUGUCCAUUCAAUCAGGUAUUGGUAGUCGAAGGAAACAGCAGGAUGAAAAUAGACUUGAAAAAAAAAAUGGCGAACAAACUACAUCUGCUAUGCACCACCCCUCAGCGUCCUUCUCUGUGAUACUCUCUUUCUACCUUAGCAGGUUCUUGAAUAAUCAUUGCUUGGUAAUCACUAGUCAUUAUUACCCUUUAACCCCUAAGAGUGACUGGCAUCUAAUUUCUCCUGACCAAUUCACCCCUGAAUCAAACAUUAAGGUUAGGAGAAUAUAGGAGCUGAUCCCCGACUAAAGAAGCUCUUGAUUGUUAGACAAAUUCUCAAGGUUGGCAUCUUAGGAAAUGUUUAGAGAACAGUAUGGAGAAUAUGCCUACCGAUGUUAGAGUGUAAAGGGUUAAGGUGUUAGCCGUUCACAGUACUUGGGCGAGGAGGUGGCACAUACUUCAGACAGUUGUGUGCAUCUAUGUUGCUUAGCAAUCCUAAAACUUGGUCAUACGAUUUUUUAGUACUGAUUGAAACUUUUGGUAGGCAUAACAUUAUGUAGUAGGAAAUCGUUAUGUUACAUGUAACUGUUAUUUGUUUUUAAACAUAUUUUUCACUUCUCGAUUUCAUACGUAAAGCAUAUCUAUGAAAUUGUGAGCCAUUCCUCUCAGGGAAUAUUUUUUGCCAAAAUGCAUGCGUAAUUAUUUCUAAAUUCGUUUUCACUGUUUGUUGAUAAGCAUUCUUCGAAAAAAGAAGCUUUUAUAUUGUAUAGUUAAAGGCGUUUUAUUGGCAUUAAAUUAAAUGUUUAAUACUAACAA